AUGACCAUGCAGCCUGCAAUUCAAGUAUGGUUUGGUGAAGACCUGCCUCUAAGUCCGCAAAGUCCUCGGACCCCCAGGCAUGGGCCAGGUUUGACUGAUGUUUGUCAGUAUGAUGAAUGGAUAGCUGUGAGGCACGAGGCAACGCUAUUGCCCAUGCAAGAAGAUCUCUCAAUCUGGUUAUCUGGCUUAUUAGGUGUUAAAGUUAAAGCAGAACGGUUAUUGGAGGAACUUGACAAUGGAGCCCUAUUAUGCCAACUGAUUGAUGUUCUUCAAAACAUGGUGAGAACAGGCAACUCUGAAGAACUAAGGAAUUUUCCAAUGAGAAAAGUACCCUGUAAAAAAGAUGCUGCUUCUGGUUCAUUCUUUGCUAGAGAUAAUACUGCAAACUUCCUUCACUGGUGUAGGCACCUGGGAGUUGAUGAAACUUACCUCUUUGAAUCUGAAGGGUUAGUUUUGCACAAAGACCCAAGACAAGUAUAUCUUUGUCUUCUUGAAAUUGGUCGGAUUGUAUCAAGAUAUGGUGUUGAGCCACCAGUAUUAGUAAAACUUGAGAAAGAAAUUGAGCUAGAAGAGACAUUACUUAAUACUUCAGGCCUUGAAGAUUCCAUCAGUAUUCCAAAGUCAUGUUGUCAGCAUGAGGAAUUGGAUGAAGCGGUUAAACAUAUUGCUGAAGACCCUCCUUGCAGUUGUUCUCAUCGAUUUUCUAUUGAGUACUUAUCUGAAGGACGUUAUCGACUAGGGGAUAAAAUAUUGUUCAUCAGAAUGCUCCAUGGAAAGCAUGUCAUGGUUCGUGUUGGUGGAGGCUGGGAUACUCUUCAAGGAUUUUUGCUCAAAUAUGACCCCUGCCGAAUUUUGCAAUUUGCAACACUAGAACAAAAAAUUCUAGCUUUUCAAAAGGGCAUUUCUAAUGACAAUGCUACUGAUUCACCUGUCAGAACACCUAAGCCUCCUGAAAUGAAUCCUUUGUCAGCAGUUGACAUGUAUCAGAAACAAAAAUUAAAACCUGGCACACCAGUUGGUACCCCAAAAAUCAAAGAAAAGCAGGUACAUCCUCCAGAAGUGUUACUUUCCUCUUCCUUGAAAGGGGCUUGUUCAAGCCCUGCGUCAGUACGUUCUAAACUGCCAAAUUCUCCAGCAGGAGCAUCAAGGGUCUACCUUAAAUCCUCAAAAAGUCUAACCAAGAAACCACCUGCUCUUACAAAUAAUGCCUCUUCUUCUGUGGCUUCUUCAAAUCCAGUAGGUAAAAGCACGACUUCACAGGCUUUCUCGAAGCCUGCACCUUGUAUAUCUGAGUCCUUGAAAAAAUGUGUCUCCUCACCCCAUACUCCUAAGGCCAAACUUAUUCCAGCCCAGAAUUCAAGGAACAUGGCCAAGUCUGUACUUUCAACAAACAAACAUCCUGAGAAAAAUGAAUCAAAGCAUUUGAAACACAAUCAUGUUUCUUCCAGAGAUACUGCAGUAUCAGCCACACAUUUGAGUGCAACAGCAAAGUGUCCAAAGCUUCCUAAGGGAAAUACACAUAUAAGACCUAAACCACCUCCUUCUUUCCAGUCUCCUGCAAAAAUAACAAAAUCUAGUUCCAAAACUAUGGCCACAGAUCUAGGAGUUCAGUCUCAGCCAGCUGAGGGAGAGCUGCAAACAGGAAUGGCACGAGCACAGACACAUAAGUCAACCUCAAAUUUAAACCAGCCGCUUUCUGCAAGUGCAGCACGAGGAUCAAGAGAGAAAAAUAUGGUUUCAGUUGUCAAAAAGAAGCCACAGACUAAAAGCUCAUCCCAGAAGACAGAAGCUAGCUCCUCCCGGUCACCUGGGCGUAUUCCACUGUCCAUCAUGAGUCUUCCCCAGUCUCCUGCCAAAACACCAGCAGUGCAACGAUCAGCAAUGCAGACGGCCUCGAAGGGCCCUUGGUCCACCAAAGGUCCUCCACAGAGAGGUAGGGCCCCAGCUUCAAGCAGGAAACCUCCUUCCUCUGGGCUGGAAGCAGCUGGUGAUGAAAAGCCUACUGCAAAGAAAAAGGAUGAUGAUGACCAUUAUUUUGUUAUGACUGGAAGUAAGAAACCUAGAAAAUAA